AGGCUGCAACUGGCAACACUUUAAUUUAAACGUCACCGUUUGUCCAAUAUCCAUCUUUCCGACCAGCUACAUUUUCCUGGACUGGUGAUAAAUUUUUGUUGAAAAUCUAAGAAAAAGUUAAAAUGUUAGGCCGCGUAGCUCCGGGCGUCUGCGCCCAGGUGACCAUGGUGGUCAACCACCAGCAGAACCGUAACAUGGCUACAUUGAAGUCCAUUUCGCUUCGUCUGAAAUCAGUAAAGAAUAUUCAAAAAAUUACCCAGUCCAUGAAGAUGGUGUCAGCUGCUAAAUAUACUCGUGCUGAGCGUGAUUUAAAGGCUGCUAGACCAUAUGGAGAAGGUUCUGUUAUUUUCUAUGAUCGCGCUGAGGUAACACCUCCUGAAGAUGAUCCUAAGCAAUUGUAUAUUGCUAUGACUUCUGACAGAGGUCUAUGUGGUGCAGUACACACUAGUGUCUCCAAAGUAAUUCGUAACAAGUUGCAAGAGCCUGGUGCUGACAACAUUAAAGUGAUCUGUGUGGGAGAUAAGUCCCGUAGCUUUUUGCAACGUCUGUAUGGGAAGCACAUCAUUAGUGUUUGUAAUGAGAUUGGUCGCUUACCACCUACAUUCAAAGACGCUGCCACAAUUGCAAAUGCAAUUCUGACCUCCGGCUAUGAGUUUGGAUCCGGCAAGAUUGUUUACAACAAGUUUAGAUCUGUUGUCUCUUAUGAACAAUCUGACUUGCCUCUCUUCAGCUUGAAAUCUAUUGAGAGUGCUCCAAAACUGGCAACUUACGACUCCCUCGAUUCCGACGUGAUGCAAUCAUACAUGGAGUUUUCACUCUCAUCCAUGAUUUUCUACGCGCUCAAAGAGGGCGCCUGCUCCGAACAAUCGGCUCGUAUGACAUCUAUGGACAACGCUUCCAAGAACGCUGGAGAAAUGAUUGACAAACUCACGCUUACGUUCAACAGAACCCGUCAAGCCGUAAUUACCAGAGAACUUAUCGAAAUUAUCUCUGGUGCUGCCGCUUUGGAAUAGAUUUGAAAAUGAGCUCCCAUCGUAUAUUAGAGCAAAUGGUCACUUCAGCUCAUUGUAAAAUUUUAAAAAAUCAGGUUAUGUCACAUAAAAAUAUCAAUUUUUAAAUUCGCAACAAAUAAUCGUGUUAAAAAUAUUAUUCCGUAUUUAUUAUUGCCGUAUAUAUACAGUGCUGACAUUGCCGAUCGAGUUAACCGAGUUCAUGUAAACACACGCAAUACGUAACUGGCUUUAAGACCUUACAUUUAUUUGGGGAUACUCGUUCGAUUCUUGGCCGUACUUUGUAAGGAUACAGUUGGUGGUUAGCAAUAAAUAAGUGUAUAAAA